AUGGCUUCUUUCUUGACUGGUGGAACAGUUGUCGCGGUGGCACACAAAGACGGUGUCCUGAUGGCAGCUGAUACUGUGCUGAACUAUGGCAGCACGCGCAGGACUGACAAUUACGAGCGUAUCAUUCCUGUCGGUACACACACACUCAUAGGGUUUACUGGGGAUGAGGCCGACUUUAAAGACAGUCUAUAUACCUUGAAGUCUAUGCACCGCGAGGCCCGGUGCCACGGGACACCUCCCCCUAGCACGAGAGAGAUCCACGGCUUCCUUGCCACACGUAACUACAGCUCUCGCUUGGAAAUGGACCCAAUUUACAAUGGAUACAUUAUUGGAGGAUGCGAGCCAGGGGAGAGCCCUUACAUCGGAGUCGUUGAUCUGCGUGGGACUCAGUUUACAGCGAGCUUCUUUGCUACUGGAAUGGGGAGACACUACGCUUUGCCUGUUUUGCGCGAAGGGUGGAAGCCAGGCAUCUCUAAGGACGAGGCGGUGGCCCUUCUGUUAGAAAGUCUUAAAACGCUAGCCUUCAACGAUGCUGCUGCAGGAUCUUCGUUCAUAAUCUGUGAGGCUACAAGCGACGGAACGCACAUUGGCCCUGUUCAAACCCUCGACCUCGACUGGUCGUCCGCUGCAUACAAGGACUCGGCAGUAAACUGA